UUUCAGAAAAACCCAACGUGUUUAAAGUACUCUAGGGUAUUUUCUGCUAUCUUGUUGUUACUCAACCCAAAGAUUAAUUGUUGCGUCUAUAUAAAACGUCUACUGAAGGGUUGAUCUCAGUCAGUGUUUAGUCUCAAUUGUCUCAACAAUGAAGUGGAUUUCGUUAUUGUUUGCACUGCUGGUGCUUUUUACCAUUACAAAUUUUGGAUCUGCUCGAACUAUUCCUAGAAUAACUAUUCGAAAUGGCGAUAUUAUUGUCCAUGGAAACUGCCAUGGAUGCACUGCUCGAGCCUCAAAAAACUCAGCGUCUUUGAAAAUUCAAUUUACUCGAAGAUGGUGAAUUUGUGAAUUGUAAAUAAAAUAACUCAACCAAGCCAAAUAUUUUAACUAAUUUAUUAACAAAAAAAAUAAUAAAAAUAUACAAAGUGAAAA